UGUAUUCAACACUAGGAAACGCGGCCUCAUCAUUGACUGCAAUGAGGGCUACUUUGUUAAGACGUAAGCUAGUUAAUUUAUUCGUACGCCCUUGUUUAGUUCAUAGUCAGUCUUGCCCUGCACAGCGUAGUGAUGAUGGCGGCGGCUUUGGCACCGGCAAGAAGCGGGCGGAAAGAUGUGCUCCAGUAAAACUGGCCGUCAUACCUGCAGAGUGGUUUACAUUUUUUCACGUCAAGACCGGUGUAUCCGGUGGAUAUGUCCUUUUGUUUGUAUUAACAAAUUAUGCCCUCAGCAAAGAGAUAUUUGUCAUGGAACACGAAUACUAUGCAGGUCUGUCUAUUUUUCUGAUGUUGUAUUACGUCACCACAAAACUUGGCCCUGGCAUAGGUGCUAGUUUGGACAAAGAAGUAGAUGAUAUUGUAGACAACAUGUACAAAGGUCGUAAAGCAGAGAUUGCUCAUUACGAAUCAGUUGUCAAAGAGGCCAACGACGCUGUAUGGAGAGCAGAGGGUCAACAACUAUUGAUAGCAGCGAAGAAAGAAAAUGUCUUGAUGCAACUGGAGGCCGUGUACCGCGAGCGAAUGAUGCACGCGUAUCACAUGGUCAAAGGUCGCAUGGAUUACCAUAUGAAAAGAUACUAUUCAGAAGCCCGAAUACAUCAGAAGUGGAUGAUUAAUUGGAUUUUAAAAGAAGUUCACAAAGCCAUCACACCAGAAUUCGAGCAAGAGGCUUUGAAUAAGGCCAUAAAAGAUUUGGAAGCCGCAGCUAGUAAAGCUGCUUAACAUUGACACCUCUUAUAGUAUAUAAAAUAUUUGACGAGAAUUUUUAUUGAUAUCGGAUAUUGUUUAUGGAAACAUGAAAUUCAAAUUUAUACCCCAACAUUUGGGUGUAGCAGUGUUACUGCUUUUAGUUUACCUGCAAUACGCAAGUCUUUUCAAAUUGUCGUAGAAGACAAUGCUUUGUACCGUAUAUCGUUUCCUCGGUUACAUUAAAUAAUAGCGAAAGUAAAAGAAGUUUAAAAAAUAAAUCCUUAUUGGAAGUUGUAUAUUGAUGUACAUUUAUUUAUU